UUGCCUUUUGUGUGCUGCACAGGACAAUUGUUAUGACCGUCAACAGGUUGAUACAUAAGCACAUGCACUGACAGUGUAUCACCCCCCUACACAUCCAUGUAUCACCAGCAUCACUCAUGGCCUUACAGACUUUGAUAGCCCUCAUCUUUGCCUUUAGGUCUAUCCGGACAAGGGAAUCUGACCCAGAGAAGGGUCCGGAGACCCUCAGUGAAACUCCCAAUGUAGAAAGGCGCGCUCACAACAACGACGAAGGGGAUGCGGACGAGGAGAAAGACAUAGGCCAGGAAAUUCAUUUGGACGUGGACGCUGACAACGACAACAACGACUCACCCCCAGAUGAAUCUGUCUCAGGCCCGCAGUCCGACCUGCCUUCCCUCGAUUCUCCUGACAAACAUCCGUCGUUGUUUUCUCGGGCGAAGGCAUUCGUGUUUCCGCCGUCAUCGGACGACUUGUCCUACGUACCAAACUACCGGAUCGCUCCCCUUAUAACUGGCAUCGUGAUACCAUUCUCGAUCUUGCUCGAGAUUCCAGGGCUUACCGGGUACUGGUACAUCCGCACCGAGAAUUAUAAUACCGUCCAGACUCGUUCUAACCCAGUCUUAUUGGAUAUUGGCCUUGCAUUUAGUAUGACUUGCGCUGUCCUCGCUAAUAUAUGCAUCAUCCUAAGGUUUCUUGAGAAGCGGGUCAUGACAAUGACAGUAUUAUGUAUCGUGUUUUUGUCUAUCCACGACCUCAUUUUCACUCCCAAUUUCAAGACAAGCGGCAGUGGCCUCACCCGCAAGCAGCGCACGCUAAUGAUCAUGCUCAUAAUCCUAUUUGCCUACAUCGCAUUUGGCUCCUUAGUCAAUUCAUUCCUGCUCUCUCUGAGCUUUAUCAAUGCGCUUUACUUCACCGUGACGACAAUCGAAACCAUUGGCUUUGGCGACAUUGUGCCCAAUUCACUCGGAUCAAGAGUAUUCAUCUGCUUUUACGCUGCAUUUGGUAUUGUGAAUCUUGCCGUGGUGGUGGGUAUGGUACAAGAGACAGUGAGAGAAGGGCUACAAGUCGGUUAUUUACGUCGCCUACAUGAUAUUCGAGAACGACGACGUGCAUCACGGCGAAGAAGGAAUGCAGAAAAGCGAUGGCGUUCGGCAAUCAUUUGGAGAUUGCGAGACAAAGGUGCAACGGUGUGGGUUCGAAAACACCGUUCGACAUCUAACUCUCUUUGGGCCAAGGUGAAGAGAAGGUUUUUUAGCGCUACAGAAAAGAUUCCUCACCCUUUGGAUCAUUCUCGGGGAAAGCGUCUGAACCUCGAGGCGCUCACACAUCCAGAGUUGAAAGCGGCGGCGAUGGAGGCGGGCGUUCCACUUGAAACCUUGCUCCCACGACAGUUUUACGAAGUGCAGAUGCAGAACGAUAAUGACGACGACAAUACUGAUGACGUGGAGAUUGCGAGCACAUACCCCGCCUUGUCUGUCCCGCAUUCAGUGUAUGGUAUGAAUGUGCGGCGCGGUGGGCAUCGAAUGCUAACACACCAGCGGCUUGGUGCUAUGGCAGCGCUCCUAACGAGAUUUGCGAUUGGAGUUUCCCUGGAACACGAAGGACCUAUACUACAGGCCACUGUCGGCGGCGUCAAAAGUAGCGAAGACUGUGCUUCGAACAAUAAAGGUGGCUUGAGCGCCGGUGCAGACGGCUCAGUUGGAGGUGAAUAUAACACUGGAAGCUCUACGACAUUCGAAACAACCUCGAGCAGCGACGAUAUCAAUGUAAAUUUUGACUCGAUGGUCGCGAGCAAGGAGAAGUACGUUCUUCUGAUGCGCUCGUGCUUUGCAUGGACAUUGUUUGUUGUGUUCUGGUUGGUUGGCUCUGCAAUAUUUAGUCUCACCGAAGGCUGGUCAUAUGGCUCGUCUAUAUAUUUCUGUUUUAUUGCAUUCACAACUGUCGGGUAUGGUGACCCCGCUCCCAGAACGCCUGCAGGGCGAUCUGUGUUCGUCGUGUGGGCCCUGCUCGGCGUUGCCACAGUGACCAUACUGGUUUCUGUCGCCUCCGAGGCCUACUCGACGCGCUACAAGGCCAUGCUCCAAAGCGACUCUUUCGAGCGAGCCGUCACGACGUACCGCACUCGCACAAAAAAUAUGUAUAUGACGAGGACCCGGUCCCUGUCUCUGUCUGAACCUCAGCCUCCGAGUCAAGCCCAAAGCCCAACCCAGAUCCAGACUCAAUCGUUGACUCCAGCCUCUCCGAACGUCCGCUUCCAACCCCAUGUUCCCUCUUCAGGUCUCCGAAUACGCACUACAUCUCUUGAGCAGGACGACGAUGGGGGCGAGGGGAGCCAGCAACCACAAGACACAGAAAUGAACGCACCAGAUCCAAAUUUAUGUGCGCAGGACUUGCUCGAGACACUCCCGCGACACGUCUUAAACAAGGCGCGUUCAUUCCAGGAGUACAUGCGCUGUCUGGGGAACAGAGGCAGCGGUACGAACUCAUACGUGAAUGAGCAGCUGAAGGCACUCCUGGACGAUGUGGUUGGCGUGGAUGAUAUGAAGGAGAGUGCGAAAAUGGAUAUUUUGAGAGAUAAGGAUACCAAGCGGACGCUCGUCACGUUAAGCAUUGAGAGUGAGCCUUCAUUUUCUUGGGUCAUGCGAGGGUUAUCGAAUUGACUGUUUGAUGCAGAAUCGCUGAUGGAGCUUAUGACCAUUGCGGAGGAGGCGAUUGCAGCGAUGAAUGACCGUGACCGUGUCGCUGCGGCCUCGAGUCAGGGGCAGGAAGACGCUGAUGUUGAUGUU